AUGGCAACAAUGAAAAUAGUCAUCAUUUUAGCUAUCGGCGUCUCACUCUCUUGUGCUCAACGAUGCGACAUUCCACCGUUAUUUCGUGUAAAGGCUGGAGCAAAAUUCGCUAUCCCAACACAAGUUCUUACGAUAACUUUUUGCCCGCACUACACAAUAACACAGCCGAGUCAACAUGAAUGCAAAAUCAGUGGCGGGAGUGUUGGCUGGUACCCGCCCAUAAACUGCGCACCAAUUCAACCACAGAAGCCCCGGCCUCAACCUCAACCGUUCUUGACUUGCGAUAUUCCGCCCAUUUACUACGAUUACGUCCGAACCACUGCUGCUCGUGUUGGAAAGCGAUUGACUAUCAGAAAUUGUAAAUAUGGGCCAGCAUAUAAUGGCGUUCAUAUUUGCACUCAGAUCAGGGCUGGAACACGAUGGGUGCCUACUAUUAGAUGCGAUCCGAAGUUCAUUGCUUCUCAAAGACCUCCGGUUGUACAUAGACCUAUUGUAGUGCAAAGACCUAUCAUUCGGCAACCAGUAGUGGUGCCACGACCACAACCAAGCAAUCAAAUUGACAUCGCCACUCUCUUGCUGCUCCAGAGACUCAUCGGAGGAGAUUUCGACAUUUGCGAUUUAUUCUCAUUUCUUGACCGAUGCAAGACCAAUUCUACAAACGGUUCUACUAGAAAGAAGAGAUUUGUGGAACUGAAAGAACUGGAGGCAAAUGAAAAGGAAGAAGAUAAUACAGGACUUGCUUCUAUUUUUAAUUGGUGAAAACAAGAAUGAAACUCAUACUUUUACGAAAUAUUUGGUUCAAAUCGUCGACAGUGGUCCAGAAAUUUCCUCAUAAUAAAGUUUCAUUUUAUUUGUAUUGUUAUUAUUUUAUUUGUUUCUAUCGAGAUAGAAUGCAUUGUAUAGUCGCCAUAUUUAAAUAUAGUCAAAUUAAAACUUGCUCUAAAUAAUCCGUAAUUUUUGAUUCAUGAAAUAUCGAGACCAGAUCUCAUUUGUUUUUACCGAAUUGGUGCGUAAUCUUGUGAAAACAUAUUUAAAAAAAAAAUCGCAAUAUUUAUUUACAUAUAACUAAUUAAAACUGCAGAAUAUUUCGAAAUCUGUGCCAAGUUUUUUUUCACGAAUGUAUUCUGAUUUGCCAGGUCAGAGUGACCCUGAAUGCCGCUAUCAAUAUUUCUCGACCUUUGAACCCGGAACAGUUUGAUGUGACUUCCCAUUGCGAAGGUUUUGGUAAUUGAACAUACCUUUGAAUCGUGUUUUUAAUCAAAUUUUAACUUUUUUAUAACUCAAGGGCACACCAUCAUAUGAAAUCUGGCAUAAUUUUUUCACAAUUCAUAUGACAUCCGAUACAUUUAUUUUUAAAUUUACGCUGGAAUUACCAUUAAUUGGCCAUAUUAGCUAUUCAUUUGGCGUCCAUUACUCUCUAGCUGUUAAUGCUAAACGAUUAUGAACUUUUUGUAACCGAAUUAAUAUGGGUACCAACGUGCAUUUGAGUGUAAUUAAAUGGGUGUAAUAUUGUUAUAUUUUGUAGUAAUUGAUAAUUAGGGACGCAAUUGGGAAAAUGGUUUAUUUCAAUAGUAAAAAUGUUCCGAUGGACUCCAAACUAACAAGUAAAGUACAUAUGCAUGUGUGAUUGAGCUAUUUGGACAAUAAAUGGUUGAGUUAUCAUUGAAAAUAAAUUCAAUUCGUCCGAAGUUGGGCACUUUGGUGGUAGUUCAUACCUACUGCUACGUUGCUAGGGCUGGGCAUUUUCGAAUACCUGAUGAUUUCAGAAUCGAAUCGAAUAUUUUUUUCGAAUCGAAUCUCGAAUACUUGGGAGAUAAAUAAUUGUAUGAAUUUUCUUCUUGUAUUUGUCCUCCAGACACAUAAAUUACUAUAAAAGUAAAAUACAGCACUCAGACAAAUUGCUGAGCGUUCACACACA